AUGCCCCGUAAAAUCGCCUUCUCGGCCAAAGCCAAACGUCAACAACUCCGUCUUGCCAGAGCUAUCAAACGUGGAGAAUCUCCUCCUCCUCAAGAAAAUGAUUUCUCAACUUGGAGACCUAAACGUCCAACUGGUAGAGUCGGAAAAUCCGCAAUUUUAGGGACUAAGAAAGAUAUUGAAAAAGCUGCAAAAUUACAAUCUUCUUUCAUACAUCUUUCUCCUGAAUAUCUCUCACUUACUAGAGAUUUAGCUUUCACCACUACUAUAGAUAGACCUGUAAGGAAGGAACGAGGUGUGUUCAGGGAGGAAUGGUUAGAUGGAGGAGGUUUGGAAUGUCCUAGAAGACCAAAGUUCAGAGCUGGUCAGAAUAAAAAGGAGGUGGAGAGGAAUGAGGAGGGUUGGUAUCUCGGUUGGUUGGAGAGGAGUAAAGGAUUGGUGGAGAAGUAUUUGGAGGAAGAUGAGGUACAAGAGUUGGGGAAAGAGAAAAAGGAGGAAUGGCCAAGGAGUAGUCCUUGGUUCGAAACGAAUUUAGAAGUGUGGAGACAAUUAUGGAGAGUAUCAGAACAAUCUCACAUCCUUUUAGUCCUUCUCGACGCUCGUUGUCCACCCCUUCAUCUACCUCCCUCACUUCGAUCAUACCUCCACGAUCUUCAACCUAAGAAAGAGAUCAUACUCUUACUCACCAAAUCAGAUCUUGUUGACCCUCUGGCAGUCAAAGAAUGGAUGGUGUGGAUGAAAGAAUAUUGGGGAGGAGAUGUAGAGGUCGUACCUGUACGAUCGUAUGAUUCUCAAGCUUUAGGUAAAGGUAAACAUAAAGCCGACAUACCUCAGGAUAGCCUGCACGACCUCGUACAAGCUAUCCGACAAUCUCACACUCGUCUACUCUCGAAGCAGAACAACAAAUCCACACUCGUUUCUGACAUUCCCUGGGAACGACUCGUACCCGGCACCACCUCCAAUCAACUAACGACACAGACACAAAAACUGCACGAGCAAACAGAGGAAGAUAUUUCACCGCUCACCAUUGGUCUAGUUGGACAACCGAACGUUGGGAAAUCGUCUUUACUCAACGCGCUGUUGGGUGAACAUAAAGUCCGAGCGUCGAAAACGCCUGGGAAGACAAAACAUUUCCAAACUCAUUUCUGGGGUUCCAAGUUGGUCAAAAUUGUAGAUUGUCCAGGAUUAGUAUGUCCUUCACUCGUACCACAUGAACUACAGGCUCUUGCGGGAGUCUUACCCAUCGCUCAAAUCCCAUCUUUACCAUCAUGUAUCCACUUUACCGCUUCUCUCCUCCCUCUUGAAGAUAUUUUCAAGCUCUCUCUUCCGGAAGAAGAAUCAUCAGAAGAUCCAUAUGCGGAUAAACUCACCGCGGGGACUAUCAUGGAAGCUCAUGCGUUAGCCAGAGGCUGGUUGACGGCCCGUAGAGGAUGGCCAGAUACGAAUCGUGCUGCUAAUCACAUGAUGCGAGCUUUGGCGGAUGGUAAACUCCGAUGGAAUUUCUGGCCUCCU